UGUGCCCUCCUCCCCUCCGGGCACCAACUCCCUGGCUGCUGAGAUCCAGCCGGAGUGACGGACGAGCCAGCCCCGCAAUGACAGGGAAAGCCGCCUCGGAGGCCCCCGCCUGUGGUCCGGAGGAGACCGCCUCUGAGCCGGCCAAGGCGCCCACCACCGAGCCCUCUGGAGAAGUGGCAGCAUUGGCGUCCACCGGGGAAGAGCGGGCUCCCACGCCACAGGAGCCUGCCCCCACAGCCCCUGCGGCCCCCGCAGCCACUAAACCUGCCCCUGCAAGUGAAGAUGUGCCCAGUGCCCCACUGCAGCUGGCCUUGGAGGAUGUGAGCGACAGCUCGGUGACCGUGAGCUGGGAGCCACCGGAGAGGCUAGGGAGGCUGGGGCUCCAGGGCUAUGUGCUGGAGCUCUGCAGAGAAGGAGGCUCGGAGUGGGUGCCCGUGAACGCCCGGCCCCUGAUGGUGACCCAGCUGACCAUGCGGAACCUGGCUCUGGAGGACAAGUUCUUCCUGCGUGUGGCUGCAGUGAGCUCUGCGGGGGCUGGCCCACCAGCUGUGCUACAACAGCCUGUCCACAUCCAGAAGAUCAUCGAGGCCCCCAAGAUCCGAGUCCCCCGCCACCUUCGUCAGACCUACAUCCGCCAGGUGGGAGAGCCAGUCAACCUGCAAAUCCCCUUCCAGGGGAGUCCCAAGCCUCAGGCCUCUUGGACCCAUAAUGGCCACGCCCUGGACAGCCAGCGGGUGAACGUGCGCACCGGGGACCAGGACUCCAUCCUCUUCAUCCGCUCGGCCCUGCGCUCCGACUCAGGCUGCUAUGAGCUCACUGUGCGUCUGGAAGGCUUGGAGGCCAAGGCAGCCAUCGACAUCCUGGUGAUUGAGAAACCUGGACCCCCCAGCAGCAUCCGGCUACUGGACGUCUGGGGCUGCAACGCUGCUCUUGAGUGGACACCGCCCCAGGACACAGGCAACACAGAGCUCCUGGGCUACACAGUGCAGAAGGCAGACAAAAAGACAGGGCAAUGGUUCACGGUCCUGGAGCGCUACCACCCGACCACGUGCACCAUCUCUGACCUCAUCGUGGGAAACACCUACUCCUUUCGGGUCUUCUCGGAGAACCAGUGUGGGCUCAGUGCCUCGGCCGCGACCACCAAGGAGCUAGCCCGCAUCCAGAAGGCAGAUAUUGUUGCCAAACCUAAAGGGUUUGUGGAGCGAGACUUCUCAGAAGCCCCCUCAUUUACCCAGCCCCUGGCUGACCACACCUCCACUCCUGGCUAUAGCACUCAGCUCUUCUGCAGUGUCCGAGCAUCGCCCAAGCCCAAGAUCAUCUGGAUGAAAAACAAGAUGAACAUCCAGGGUGACCCCAAAUACCGUGCCCUCUCUGAGCAAGGCAUCUGCACCCUGGAGAUCCGGAAGCCCAGCCCCUUUGAUUCUGGGGUCUACACCUGCAAGGCUGUCAAUGUGUUAGGGGAGGCAUCCGUGGACUGCCGGCUGGAGAUCAAAGGGAAAGACUCGCCCCUCCCCCACUCUGACUGUGGCAUCUCUUCCAGCAUCAGCCACACACUGAAGAGCGACAGGAGGCUGUGA